AAUUUAUGUAUUAGCAAAAAUGGAUUACUAAUCUUUAAAAUGAAAUAUUUCAUUUAUGUUGUAUCAAGCGCCACUCUGCGUGAUUUAUACGCAACUGUUCGAUAUUCAAACGAUAAAAAUGCUCCCGUAUUUUAUAACUCCAUUACUUUAUGGUUAAUUUAACGGUUACUAUGACGUACCGAAUUACGAAAAGAUUCGAAACGUUAUGAAGAAUAAUUUAUUAAAGAUAAUUAUAUCUUUAACGAAAUAUAAUUUCCAAACAAAGUAAUAAACGUAAUAACGAUAUAUCAUUUUAAAAGUAUACAUAUAAAUAUAGUAAGUACACAUAUAAUAUUGGCUCCAAUUUUAAUGGAGUCUAUUUAGUUCGAAUCUAUAUGCACCUGUAAGUAUUUAAAUCCGAGUACUUCAAUAAUAUAUGUAAAGACAUGAGUUAUAACUGCACCUGUUUAAUACAUCCAUGCAAUUUUAUAGAACGCUUUAGAACUUUGCCAAAUUGGAUUGCAACAAAGUAGCAACGAUAAAGGUGAAGCUCGCGUUGCAUAUUAUUUUAAACAAGAAAGUUCACCAUUUUCGUCAAAAUACAGAGACGCCAUAGUAGACACCUGCAAGCUUUCAACAGCAAGCGAAACAAGGUCGCGAAUCUAAAGAGAAGUAUCGUAUCCAUCGAGAAGAAAGUGGUCCCUGAUAAGUGAUUUACAGACAACGGCCACAUUUCAAGCUAGACAAUACUUGUGAAUCAUACUCUUAUACCAACAAAGAAGAAGACCCCUGCAAACGCAAACCAUCGUAACAAGAUGUUGAUAAAACGCGUUAACUAUUGAGGAAAGAAAGUGAAAGCAACAGAGUGAAAACUCGAAUGUAGAGACUAGAAGAAAACUGAGGAGAAAAAUGGGCACGAAAGUACUCAUCGAAAUGCAGCAGCAGUUGAGGCAUGCAGUGUCUAGUACGGAAAACGCACCGAGCAGUACAAAAAAUCUAGACGAUUUAAUGGACAUCGAUAACUCAGUAUUUCUAGUCUUCGAGGAUGUUUCCUACAAAGCACGUCCAUGGAUCCUUUCCAGAGAGAAGACCGAAUUGCUGAAAAACUUGAGCGGUGAAUUUAGAGCUGGCGAACUGACCGCAAUUAUGGGAUUAUCGGGCGCUGGAAAAUCUACGCUGAUGGAUGUUUUAGCAGGCUUUAUAACAUCCGGCGUCACUGGGAAUAUUAUGGUCAAUUCGAAAGCUAGGAACCUUGAUGAAUUUCGAAGGCUGUCUGCAUAUAUAAUGCAAAACGAUAAUUUGCAACCACUGUUAACGGUACAGGAAGCUAUGAACGUCGCUGCAGAACUCAAGCUUACCGCUAGUCCUCAACAAAAGAAACAGAAGAUUGAGCAAAUUCUAAUCACAAUGAGUCUCGACAUAUGUCGUCACACUCGUACAGGGCAGCUCAGCGGUGGAGAAAGAAAGAGGCUAGCAAUUGCGCUGGAAUUACUUAACUGCCCACCGAUUUUGUUUCUCGACGAGCCUACUAGUGGAUUGGAUAGCGUCACUUCAAAAUAUUGUAUAACGUUGCUAAAACAAUUGGCAAAGUCAGGACAAACAGUAAUUUGUUCGAUUCAUCAACCGAGUGCCUCGCUGUUGAAUAUGGUCGACCAUCUGUACGUGGUAGCGGAUGGAAGUUGCGUUUAUACGGGUAGCACUCAGAAUUUAGUGCCUUAUUUGAGCAGCCUUGGCUUGCAAUGUCCGACGCAUUAUAAUCCAGCUGACUACCUGAUGGAGAUUUGUAAUGGAGAUUACGGUAAGCACGUACCGGGAUUAAUAGACGCUAUCGAAAAUGGAAAGAACAAUGCGUGGAGGUCAACGAGCAAUGUAACCACCGCCAAUCGUCAAGAGGAAGUAAUCGCUUUAAACGUGAUGGCUUCGUUCCAAGCACUUCGACAACGACCUCCGAUGGCAGCUGAUUAUGCUCCUAGACGCAAAGGCUCUGAAUACGCUACGAAUUUUUGGAAACAGUUAAUCGUUCUACUCAAAAGGAACACAAUUAGACUUUCUCGCGAUAAGGUAUUAACUUUCACACGGCUCUCGAUGCAUUUCGUCAUUGCCCUCCUUGUCGGCACUAUUUAUUUCCAAAUCGGGCAGGAUGCUGUGUACGUGCUGGAUAAUUUCAAUCUUCUGUUCUUCAAUAUAAUGUUUCUCAUGUUUAGUGCAUUCAGUGCAACUGUAACUACAUUUCCCUUGGAGUUACCAAUUAUUAUGCGUGAACACUUUAACCGGUGGUACAAGUUGCACUCAUUUUACUUAGCCAACAAACUGGCCGACAUUCCAAUUCAACUUACUGCAAUUUCCUUAUACAUUCUCAUAGUAUAUUACAUGAGCGAUCAAUUACUGGAACUGCGGCGGUUUUGUAUGUACACGUUAAUGUGUUGCGCGGUCAGUAUUGUUGCUCAAACAUUUGGACUAUUAGUUGGAACGGGGAUGAAAGUUCAGCAUGGUAUGAUUUUUGGACCACUCACAAUUCUUCCAUUUCUGAUAUUUAGUGGAUUUUUUGUCCAAUUCAGACAUGCUCAUCCGUAUCUACGUUGGCUGUUCCAUUUAUCGUUUCUGAAAUACGGUUUCGAGGGUGUAAUGAUAGCUAUUUAUGGUUACAACAGACCAAAGCUUUCAUGUUCAGAUGUUUACUGUCAUUUUGCAGUACCAGAGAAGCUACUGAGUGCCAUGGACAUGACACAAGCCGAUUAUUGGUUUUCUUUUUUCGUACUGACUGCGUUAUAUAUCAUCUUGGACAUAGCAACGUUUACGUUGCUAAAACUUAAGCUGGAGAAACGCGUAUAAUAAAAAGCAACAAUACCAAUGUUAUGAGUGAGAUUUUAAUGAAAUAGGUUUAUUAUAAGCAACUCAUGUUGUGUUCACUGUAAAUAGAACAAUAUAAACAAAUUACCAUCAAAGACUGAUUUGCUUUUAAAAUAUUCUGUGUAAAAAGAAAUGAAAGUUUUAUAAAGAUUAUUUGUAAAAAUGAUCAUAAUUGCAUUUACUGCCGUUUUCAAAUAAAAGGUACAAUUGCUAAUUGUAAAAGGUGAUAUAUAUACCCAUGCAUAGCAGGUUUGCAUGGAUUAGGGGGCAAAAGAGACGAACGAGCUUCCACUCUUUCUUGUUCCUUGUGUGAACAAGGAACACAGGAAGGAUAGCCUCUUGUGUAAUACACGCGAUUGUUUAACAGCGAGACAAGAUUAAAAGUUCUGUUACCUUGAGAUAGCGUAUCUCGCAUCAAUGAUAUUUUUUAAUUCCAUACCAUAUGUUUACUGUUAGAUGAUAAGAAUACAAUUUUUAUAUAAAUUGCUGUCAUGCAAACCAUAAUGUUCUGCAGAGUA